AUGAUGACUCAAUCCAGAACCUAUGACAACAUCUACUUCUGUUAUGAAUCCUCAAACAAGUCUUGUACAAAACAAAAUUAUUCCACCACAGUAAGAGCCCCUUUGUAUGUUUUGUUAGGGGCUGUCACAUUUCUAACUGUAUUUGGCAAUCUUCUCGUCAUCAUUACUGUAGCACAUUUCAAACAGCUCCACAGUCCUACCAACUACCUCAUCCUCUCUCUGGCUGUAGCUGACUUCCUUGUGGGAGCUGUGGUAAUGCCACCUAGCAUUGUUCGCUCCCUGGAGACCUGCUGGUAUUUGGGUAACCUGUUCUAUCGAUACUACGCUGUCUGUCAGCCUCUCCGAUACCAGACUAAAAUCACAAACUCUGUGACAAUGACCAUGAUUCUGACCUGUUGGAGUCUUUCUGCUGUUUUUGGGUUUGGAAUUGUGUUUUUGGAUCUGACCACCUGGGACACCGAAGACAUUUACAUAAAAAAUUUUCUUUGUGAGGGAAGUUGUACUGUGUUACAAAGCAGGAUGUCUAGUAUAAUUGCCUCUGUACCUGCUUUCUUCAUCCCAGCCAUUCUUAUUGUUGUCCUCUAUCUGAAAAUCCUCAGCAUUGCAAGGAGACAAGCCUGUUCCAUUCAAAACAGAGUUUGUGCAAAUGUAAACUUAAAUAAGUGCAAAAGCACUUUAAAUAAGACAGAGCACAAAGCCACAAAGACACUAGGAAUUGUUGUUGGUGUUUAUCUUGCCUGCUGGGCUCCCUGGUUUAUAUGUAAUCUUAAUGAUCCAAUAAUAGCUUUUUCCUCACCAGUCCUUACAGAACUUUUCAUAUGGCUUGGCUAUUUGAACUCUGGGAUAAAUCCAGUUAUUUAUGCUUUCUCUUUCAGUUGGUUUAGGAAGCCGUUCAAAAGAGUUUUUCAGAAAAUCUUCAAAUUUUAA